AUGCUCAUUUUCGCUUCAUGGAACCUUUUCUGCGCCAUUCGCGCUUACCUCGCCGCGCCGCACGCGUACGUGGCGCGUGCAUGGCAUCCGGUGCCCAUUCGCGGACACUGGGUGCGGCUUGUGGUGUACGUACUCGUCUGCGGGGCGUUCGCGCAGCUCAUGGAAGGGCUGCUGCUGGGACUGCUUCUCCUGCCUCUCCCACCAGGCUCCCUGCACAUCCUCUACGCCAUCGGCUUUUUCAGCGAGGCCAUUCUCACCACCUUCCACUCCAUCUCCCACAAGGGCCUCGAGCCUCGCUUCCACCUCUUCCAAGCACUCGCUGCCGUCAUCUGCUUCCUGCUCGCGCUCCUCGUUGCCGCCUUCCCCUCCUGCUUCCUCCUCGAUGCAAUGUUUCUCUCGGGGUUUCUUUUCCAAGGCCUCUGGCUCUGGACCAUGUCUCUGUUCCUCUAUGGAGUGCUCCACUUACCGGGUUGUCGCAAUGUCGAUUAUAAGAUGGUUAAGUGUGAGACGGAAGCGGAGGAGCACCUGGGCGUUGCGCUCGCAGGUAUUCUUUUUAUUGCCGUGCUCGUCUUUACCAUGCUCCUCGCCCUUGCUCUCUAUGCCAGGGCUGCUCGGAACGCCCCCCGUUCGUCCAUAGACUACAUCCUUGCAUUAUCUCCUAACGUCAAGGCAUCUCAGAAGGAAGCUGCUUCCGGGAACAUUGAAGCCGGGAUUGACGUGAACGGGGAAAAAGAUGUGCAGGUUGAAGGAGCAGCAGCAGUUGCAGCAACAGCAGGUCCUAAGGUGCCCCUCACUCAUGCUGUUGUCAACUUGGAGAAUGAAAGUGCCGCAUUGCUAGGUGGCAAAAUUGAGAUGUGA